UUUAAACUGUAUUAUAUAAUUAUGUUAAAUUCUAAUGUAUCUGAGUCGGAAAAUUACAGUAGUUUUGUUACUGUACAUUACGCAUUUUGUACACUCUAAAACUUCUGGAUAUGACUCAAGUGACUCAAACCUGAUCGUUGGAAGCAUCGGGUUUAAAAGACUAUCGCAAAUAACUGAGCUCUGUGAAGUCAACAACGACUUUCUGUUCAGAACAAAUGAAGUCCAACUCAGGAUGAACCAGGACAUCUUCGAGUGCCUCUCAAAGAUGAAGCUUAAUGGAACUCUAAAAACAACAACCAUGACAUCUCUUUCAGUUAAGCAAUGGGUUCUCUGGGAAGUUGAUCGGUUUAACUUGAAAGAUGAAAUGAAUUGGAUAUCGGGGACUAUUAACACUUGCGGGAACUCUAAGGAUUCAUUUCUCGGUGGACCUUGUGUUCUUGCGUCUGGUGGAGUUAAGCGGUUCUACAACCAUCUUCCUGAACAUACCGAGAUUAAGAUAAGUGGUCGGGUACAUUUUUUCGAUGAGUGGAAAGGGGAAUCUGUAUUUUUAAGAGUUAAUGAUAAAAUACUAUGGAGCGAAUGGCAUAACUGGUGUCCUACAGUUCCUGAUUCUGCUUGUAUGAAGUUUGGAAUAGAUGCUUGCGGUAUCGAAUACCCUGAUAGGCUAUCUACAUUAGGUGUAUUUCGAGGUUUCAACGGCUAAUUCUGAUCGCUCAGUGGCAUUAGAGUUUUUUAGUAAUCUGGCCAAAGAAAGGAACCCUUGCGAUGUUUCUUGGGGCAUAGACGAUAUUGUUCUACAUUUUAGAUAGGUUUAUCAGGUCUAUCGGCCUCAGACCUUCAUAAUUCCUAAUGUGGUUUUAUUUUAAAAUUCGAUUUACCUUUGUUCUAGAUCACCACCUCUAGCUAGUAGAAGCUGAACAACAUCUUCUUGUUCUGACUCAAGUGCC